AUGUCAAAUUUAUAUGGAGAUUACAAUCAAAAAAUAGAUUAUGUAUUUAAGAUUGUAUUGAUUGGAGAUUCUGCAGUUGGAAAAUCACAGCUUCUGGCUAGAUUUGCAAGGAAUGAAUUCAACUUGGAUUCAAAAGCUACAAUUGGGGUCGAAUUCCAAACUAAAACUCUAAUUAUUGAUAACAAGACCGUCAAGGCACAAAUUUGGGAUACUGCUGGCCAAGAAAGGUAUAGAGCAGUGACUAGUGCAUACUAUCGAGGUGCAGUUGGUGCAAUGUUAGUAUACGACUUGACAAAACGUCAAUCAUUUGAUCAUAUGGCUAGAUGGCUGGAGGAAUUAAGAGGUCAUGCAGAUAAGAACAUAGUUAUUAUGCUUAUCGGGAACAAAUGUGAUCUAGGGAGUCUUCGAGCAGUACCAAUAGAAGAUGCUCAAGAAUUUGCAGAACGGGAGAAUCUCUUCUUCAUGGAAACAUCAGCUCUUGAAUCCACCAACGUUGAGACUGCAUUUAUGAGUAUAUUAAAAGAAAUUUAUCAAAUUGUUGGCAAGAAAACUCUCACUGCAGAUGAAGGUGCAGAGUACGCAAAGUCACAAUCUCUCAAGGGAACAAGGAUCAUACUUCCUGGACAGGAAUCAGAUUCUGCUGGCCGAGGCGCUGGCUGCUGCAUCUCCUCCUGA